AUGCCUUUAUUGUUGAAUAUGAAGAGAAGAUUUACUAACGAAAGAAAAUUGGUGAAACCUGGCAAAACAAGAUUUGCUACUGCUUUCUUGACCUUACAGCGACUGUUCAAGCAAAAGUCAAAUUUGAGAAGCAUGUUCAUUUCAGAAGAAUGGAAUAAAAUUCUUCCUUUGGUAGAUGGUGAGGCAAAACCAUCAAUGGGUUACAUUUAUGAAGCAAUGAGUAAGGCUAAGGAGGUUAUUAAAAGCUUUUUCACUGAGGAGCAUAAAUAUGCAAAGAUUUUUGACAUUAUUGAUAAAAGGUGGAGUGAUCAACUUCACAGACCAUUGCAUGCAGCUGGCAAUAUCUUGAACCCUUUACUUUAUUAUAAUCGUGAGGAUGAUUUACUAAAUAAGAAUUUGAUGAUGGAAUUUCAUACUUGCAUUGCAAAGAUGGUUGUUGAUGAAGACAUGCAAGAUAAAAUAAUCGAUCAAAUAAGUUCUUAUAAAAAUGCUAAGGGACUUUUUGGUAUAGCAACCGCAAUAAGACAAAGAGACAAAAAGUCACCAGUUGAAUGGUGGAGGCUUUAUGGUUCAGAAACUCCAGAAUUACAAAAGUUCGCCAUCAAAAUUUUGGGUUUAACUUGUAGCGCAUCUGGGUGUGAAAGAAAUUGGAGCGCGUUCGAACACAUCCAUACCAAAAAGAGGAAUAGACUAACUCUAAAGCGCCUCAGUAACUUGCUAACUGGAAUUGAGGCAAGUGGAGUUGAUGAGCGUCGUUAUGGUUUACGGGCUAGUACUUCAAGCUCGUACGAUAAGGGAACAGGAGAUGAGGAAGUUGAAAAUGAUGAGAAUUAUAUUGAUACUCAAGGAAUAGAAGAAUUGGACAACCUUAAUGAACUAGAAGAGCUUUAG